GUUUUAUGUUGUAACCGUAAAUGGGAUAUACGACUUUUUUUUCUAUAUUGUGAAACUGUUUCAUACCUAGUAACGUGCAUCAAGCUUCUUUGCAAUAGUAAUAUAUCUGCUUAAGAAACAUUGUAAACUAAUCAUUUAAUUUCCAAAUUACUUCGAAGGAAACUACUCUUUAUUACAUGAACAAUCCUUGAGUGCAUCGUAUUGCGUCUGUCGUCUUUUUAUUUUCACUUCCUAUUACCACUUUAACCAGAAUUUAGGGACAACAUAUAUAGGCAUGUCGCAAGCGGUCGUAGUCCUUUCAUCUUCUGAACCAAAAGCUGUAGAAGCUGUUUUCCGUCUUUUUGAAUCUCCACAAUUACAUGAACUUGGUGAUGGAUGGAAGCAAAUCUCUGGAAAACUUUUAAGCUCGUUUGAAGACGCGAAAACAGAAUGCGACCAUAUCUCUAGUGAAGAAAAAGUAGACUGCAAUUGCUUAAAAUAUGAAGCGUUUUCUACCAAGAAGAAGUUGGUAGUUUUUGAUAUGGACUCAACUUUGAUUCAACAAGAGUGCAUUGAUGAGAUUGCAGCCGAAGCUGGCAUUCAAAAAGAGGUCUCCACCAUUACUUCUCUUGCAAUGAAUGGUGAAAUUGAUUUUCAGGAAUCUCUUCGUCGUCGUGUAUCCCUACUGGAGGGAUUGAGUGUCGAUGUUAUUGAGAAGAUCAUUGCAAAGAUUACAUUUACACCAGGAGCAAAGGAAUUGUGUCGCAGCUUGAAAAAAUUGGGUGCUACACUUGUUGUUGCUAGCGGUGGAUUUAUCCCUAUGGCAAAUUAUGUCAAGGAGCAGCUCGGUUUGGAUUAUGCUUACGCUAAUAUGUUGGAAUUCAGUCAUGACGGAAAAUUUUUGACUGGUAAAGUACAAGGUGCCAUUGUGGAUGGACAGCGCAAGGCGGAAAUUCUGCGUGAAAAGAAGAUUGAACUUGGAUUGGAUGUAUUUGAGACAAUGGCUGUUGGAGAUGGCGCCAAUGACUUGAUCAUGAUGGGAGAAUCCGGCUUAGGGGUUGCAUACAAUGCCAAGCCCAAAGUACAACUUAUGGCUUCUUCCAAAAUUAAUCAGACUUCUUUACAAAGUGUUUUGUAUUUAUUGGGGAUAAACAAGGCUGAACAAGAGCGCUUUUUAGCAUGAGCAUUGAAAACGUUAAUUGAUGUAGAUAACUUGCUCAUUUAGGCAACAAUUUCGGAUGAAGGACGAUUUUUUUUGAAAUUGGGUUCAUAUGCGCUUGAUCUAUCUAUAGAAGUUUUCUUUCAAGUGUUUUUCUAGAUAUCCCAACUUUUUUUCUUUUUCAUUCUUUUAUAGAGUUUUUCUGUUAGUUUUGGAAUCCUUUUCAUUAUACAUUUGUGAUGAAGCGUCGAUAGUAUUUUGUUUUCAGCAUUCAUCAAUGAAAAAAUCAUCCUAAUUUCAC